AUUAUGCCGGUCAUGAAAGUAUCUGUGCUGUGUGAAAUAUAGACGAAAAGCAGGGGAACAUUGACAAUAUCAGUCAAACGAACGAGAAAUAUUCAACAGCUCAAAAGUCAGCACAAAAACAGCUUGCACCUGCUGGCUCCAGACUCUAGCUGACCAUCUCCAACUGACAACCAUGUCACAGCUCACGCGGCUCAUGGGACAUGGUGCUCGCUUUUUGACGCACAGGCUGCCUACGAUAUCCAACACAAGAUGCCUUCUCGGUGUCAGCAACGGGUUUGGGAGGAACCGCGACCUGGCAACACCUCAGGGGACGACAACGCCAGCCACACGCUACCUGGCCAGCCCGUUUCUGUUCACACGAAACAGAAGCCUCUGCCACAAGUCCGCACAGCCAACACCAGCGCCAGUGGCCAGCCCCAGCAAGACAGACAGCAAGGCCUCAUCCACAACGGCCACCGAUCUGUUUGGGGAUGCCGCCAACAUGGGGCUGUUUGCCAAGUUCAAGCACAUGUACAAGCAGUAUUGGUAUGUGCUUAUCCCGGUGCAUUGUGUGACAUCGGUUGCCUGGUUUGGCGGCUUCUACUAUCUGUCGAAGAGCGGCGUGGAUGUGCCCUCGCUGCUGCAGUACGUGCAUCUAAGCGAGACAAUUAUUGAGAAGGUGCAGUCCUCCGACAUGGGACACUAUGCCAUUGCAUAUCUGUGCUAUAAGGUGGCCACUCCCUUGCGCUACGCUCUCACAUUGGGCGGCACCACGGUGUCCAUCAAGUAUCUGGUGCAACGGGGCCACAUCAAGCCGAUACCCACAAAGAAUGAACUGAUAAAGAUGUACGAGGACAAGAAGGCAACGCGCGCCAGUGCCAAGGCGGACAAGGCCGAGAAGGAUGGGAGCAAAUGAUCGUUGGACGGUGGCAAAGCUGCCCUCUGGCAGCUCUUGCCAUUGUCCUUGCCGACCUCGAAACGUUUCGCUGCAUGCAAGCGGCUCUCAGUUGACUUGUUGCCUUUUUUGUUAAACUGUUGCCUUAUGCUCGGCAGACGUGGACGUGGAUACUGGUGCUCUACAAACUUAACUUUCCCUCGCCCUCGCCCGGACCACAUCAAACACAGAACACAAAAGCCACCGCCCGCCAGUGAUUGCUCAUCCGGGGAGCGGUCGCCAGGUGGCCGCCUAAAAUGAGGACUAUUGCGACCCUAAGUUGCCCUUAACCACCACCAUCACGCUUAGAGCCUUGAUACAAGAAAUCUUAAAUAUUUUCUAAUUACAUUUAUUUGCCUAGUUCUCUGUUAGUUAUGAAAUCGUUUGAGGUUGCCCGCAGUAGGAACCCACAGACACACCUCCUCAGCCACACACACAGGCAGACACAGACAGACUUUCGGGUGAAUGUGUAGCAGUUAUAUAUUUUUAAAUAUAAGAGUCAGUUGUCGCAAAACAAUAA